AUGUCUCCCUCACUGCUGUUGGUGCUCUCCGCGGCCGCGCUGUCCGUCUCGGCCAACGACCGGCCUAUCAUCGGCAUCCUGGCGCAGGAGACGACUCCCGACAUCGACGACCUGUUCCCGGAGCUCAACUACACCAGCUACGUGCAGGCGUCCUACGUACAGUUCGUGGAGUCGGCCGGCGCGCGCGCCGCGCCCGUCUUCAUCCACCGCUCGCAGAAGUACUACGAGGACAUGUUUUAUCAACUCAACGGCCUGCUGCUGCCCGGAGGCAAUAGCCAGCUGGACUCUGAGGGCUUCGGCGCCGCCUCGCGGGCGUUCUGGGACCUGGCGCACGCGCACCCGGAGGUGCACUUCCCCAUCUGGGGCACGUGCCAGGGCCACGAGGAGCUGGCGUUCCUGGCCGGCGGCGCGGAGGUGAUCGAGGCCUGUGACGCCGAGAACCAGCUGGUGGCCGUGAGCCCCGAGCCGGCGCUGCUCGAGAGCAGGCUGUUCGCCAACGCCACCGCCGAGCAGCUGGCGCUGUUCACGGUCGAGCCGAACGUGGUCAUGUUCCACUCGAACUGCGUCUCCCCGGAGAGCUUCUCGCGGCUGGCGGAGGAGUUCCGCACGCUGGCCACCAACACCGACCGCCAGGGCGUGCCGUACGUCUCGAUCGUGGAGCACCGCCAGCUGCCCAUCUACGGCGUCCAGUUCCACCCGGAGAAGGCCGCCUUCGAGUGGUCCACGCUGGAGCGGGUGGACCAGGUGCCGCACUGGGCCGACGCCGUGGAGGCCUCCCAGUACCUGGCCAACUUCCUGGUGGCUGAGGCGCGCCGCAGCGAGGCCGUGUUCCCCAGCGAGGCGACCGAGCAGGCGGCGCUCAUCUACAACUACCCGGCCUACUUCACCGCCGCGCGCGGCUCCACCUUCCAGAUGUGCUACUUCUUUGACGACAGCGAGUACAUGUGA